GGUCGGAGGUGGGCGUGUGGUCGGUGAAGAGGCGGUCACGAUGCUGAUCAAAGUGAAGACACUAACUGGAAAAGAGAUCGAGAUUGACAUAGAACCCACAGACAUGGUGGAAAGAAUAAAGGAGCGGGUGGAAGAAAAAGAAGGCAUCCCUCCCCAACAACAGCGGCUGAUCUACAGUGGCAAGCAGAUGAAUGACGAGAAAACCGCCGCUAACUACAAGAUCCAGGGUGGAUCUGUGCUUCAUCUGGUCUUGGCACUGCGAGGGGGAGGCCUGCGAUGAUGGAGCUUCUGCUGCUGUGCCCCCCUCUCCCCGACCCUCCCCAAGGCCCCAUGGACAGAUCCCUCCAUUUGAGCGUCUGAAAAGCAUUUAGCGACACUCCCACACAC